AAGCAUCCUUGUCGUUUAUUAGUUCGCGCGCAUUUCCGGCAACGAGUGCACAUGGUUGACAGCCAAAAUUUUGCUAAAUACACAUUGGUUUCGGUUGAGCAGUGAUGGAUCAAAUCCCGGCCGCCAUGGAUCGGCACUUGGACGUGAUUCAGUGUCGCAAAGAUGGAGGGAUUCUGCUGGGAGCGUCCGGAUUAACAGGGAGGUACUGGUAUGGAUCCCUAUGGUACUACUCAAAUCCAGAUGGUGCUCCAGAUGUGGAGAAGUGUACAGCUGGAGUUCAGCUGGAGGCCGGAUUCAAGGAGGCUGUUUGGCUGGAUGACACAAAAGUCCUGGUGGGAUUAGACACGGGUGGCAUUGCCGUAUGGGAGUUGGUGGAUAAUUUACACACAUUUGUCCACUUGAGUGGAGCGGUGGAACAUGAUGACCUUGUGACCUCAGUAGCUGUGGUCAGUGGAGGAAAGAAGGCUGUCUCGUGUGGAGCAGACAGAUGUGUCAAAGUCUGGGAUUUAGAAAACAUGCACUCCACAAAUACCUAUAGAGCUCACCCUGAUGUGGUGGAGUGUGUAAGCUGUCAUCCAACAGAACCAGCUUUGUUUCUGUCAUGUUCUGCGGAUGGCAGUGUAUUUCUUUGGGACACACGUAAAUCCAGACCUGUGACAGAUAUAGGUGGGUUCCCUCCCUUUGUAGUUCCCGUAGCUAGAGUAGAUACCUCCCCCCUUCAACAUUCCCCCAAACAAGUUGUAUGGCAACCUGAGUCACACAAUUUUGCUGUCGGUGGGGAAUGUGGUCAGGUGGUUGUCAAGGAUACCAGGAAAGCUGUGGGAGCAACGUUGUCUUUCAGCUGCCAUUCUCGAGCAGUCACAAAAUUAUCAUUCUGCAAAGAAAAUCCGAGUCUUUUAGCCUCAGCUUCAGAAGAUUGUACAGCUGUAGUGAUGUCCAUAGACAAGGAGACUGGUCGACAAAUAUUCAGGGACACAACACACACAGAUUUCGUGACCGGACUAAGCUGGCAAGGAAGUGAGAAGCUCUAUAGCUGUGGAUGGGACUCGAAAGUGAAAAAACACUGUGUUUCUAAUUGUGAACAAACUUCAGAGGACUGUGUUGUUGUCAAAAUGGAGACGGACAGUAUAGCUAAUGAUAGUGUUAAAAAGAUAGCCAACAUUUCACUAGUUUGUAAUGGGAAUGGUGCUGAAGUGGAAUCCACAUGAUGUGAAUCUACCUCGUUAUACAUGUACUUGUGUUCUCGUGAUUAGAAUUUCUUGCAAAAGAAUCAAAAUUGUCACAGGUUCUACUCAAUUUAUUAGUUGUUGUAUUUUUGAAAAUUCUUCACAGCAAGUUUUUGAUGUGGCAUAUGCUUGUUGUGGUGUUUUACAUGUGUUAAGUCGUUUUCAUAAAAGAAUCUCGAAAAUUCAAUUUUCAUUGAGUAUGUUGAGUAUCAUAUCAUUAUUGAAAAAUAAAUACAAAGGAUACCAUAUUGGACUGUAAA